AUGUCGUUUCGGGGUGGACGCGCUCGUGGAGGACGCGGAUGCCGUGGAGGACGUAUAGGUGGCCAAGGUGGUGGUCGCGGCGGCGGAUUCCCCGGGCUUACCGACCGGAAUGGCGACUACUUCAGCUGCGAGGUUCAAUCGAGCGCUAACGUGUCAAUCAUCCGCUUGACGAACACUAACACCAAGGAUAUUUGUGCAUGUUAUCCAUGUGUAUCUCCAUGUGAAUCCCGAUCUGAUAUCGUGGAUAUGCUGCUAGGACGUGUAGAUGAAAAUCUCGCUGAGAUCGGACAAAGCAACAUUGGAGCGCUCACGCUGAAGCACGUGCACUCUCCGUAUUUCAUGAAGCUCAAGCUGACGCUUGUUAUCGAUGGGAAGCUCGGUAAGUGGUCUUUCCCGUUGACACCCGAGGAUGCGAGCGCUAUCCACAAGCGAGAGACUGAAAAAGAGGCUGAAUUCGCAAGUAACACGUCACAGUCGAGUGACUCAAACUCGUGCGAAGAAUCAGGGUCUAUUCUCCAACCUACAGAGCAAACCUAG